CGUGCUUACACGUGGCCAUAUCGUACUUCCUUCCUCUUUAGGUCAUCCGGAUUUUCAACCGAGCGUGAAACACAAGGAAAGCAGCCAAUCAAGGACAAAACACCUCUAUUUUCUCCCGCACAGUAUGCCUCCAAAUUGCCGUCCAUGGACGGCCAAGAUUCUCACAUAUUCGCCUACUAACCCUCCUCCUUUGCUUUCUCAUUCUCCGUCUUCUUCCUCCUUUUGCUCUCUCUUCUGCUCUGCUCUGCUCUCCUCUCCUCUGCUCUGCUCUGCAACCCGUUACUCUCAGAAAACAACAGACUGGUCUCGACACACAGGCCAAUGGGCUGUGUUCAGGCCAAGCCUCUCACGAACUCCACUCCUGGGGGGCUAGAGAAGCUCAAACUGGAUAAUGGGUACGUCGCAAAUGGUCCCCUUAAAGGUCACAGACGAUCAACUGGCCAGUUCCAUAGGGACCCCCUUAAGCGGCAGCAGCAGAGGGGUGAGGCCAGAAUUUCAAAUGUCGAGCCUGGCAGUGACGGAAGCAGCAAUGAAAAUGCGGCAGCAGCGGUGGUGGAUGAGUGGGGGGUGUUGAAUGGUGGUAGUGAGGGAGAGAAAGAUGAUGGGAGUCACAAAGUUUCUCAUAAAGUUUUUGUGGAUGAUGGGGAGAUAGUGGAUGGAUGGCCCAAGUGGCUCACUGAUAAUAUUUCGAGAGAGAUUUUGACUGGCUUGGUUCCCAAGAGUGCUGACUCUUACGACAAGCUUGAUAAGGUUGGCGAAGGAACCUACAGUAAUGUGUAUAAGGCUCGAGACAGGGACUCUGGAAAAAUUGUUGCCUUGAAGAAGGUCCGGUUUGAUACAUCAGAACCCGAGAGUGUUAAAUUUAUGGCACGAGAGAUCAUGUUUUUACGGAAAUUGGAUCAUCCCAAUGUGGUCAAGCUUGAAGGAUUGGCUACGUCAAGAAUGCAGUACAGCAUUUAUCUUGUUUUUGGUUUCAUGGUGUCAGAUUUGACAAGAAUUAUUUCCAGCCCUGAAGGGCUUACUGAACCACAGGUCAAGUGCUAUAUGCAUCAACUACUUUCAGGUCUGCAGCAUUGUCACGAGAGGGGAAUUAUACAUCGAGACAUCAAAGGAUCAAACCUAUUGAUAGAUAAAAGUGGAAUGCUAAAAAUUGCAGAUUUUGGGCUUGCAAACUAUUAUGUUCAAAGCCCUAAGCGCCCACUCACAAACCGAGUUGUGACACUUUGGUACAGAGCUCCUGAGCUACUGUUAGGUUCUACAGAUUAUGGAGUCGGCAUUGAUCUUUGGAGUGCUGGUUGUGUCUUGGCUGAAAUGUUUACAGGGAGACCACUUCUGCCUGGUAGAACAGAGGUUGAGCAACUUCAUAGGAUUUUCAGGCUUUGUGGCACUCCGUCAGAGGAAUACUGGAAAAGAUUGAAGCUGUCUACAACUUUUAGACCUCCACGUUCAUACAAGCCCAGUCUUCAAGAAGCUUUCAAGGGUUUCCCUAUUUCUUCUUUGGGUCUGUUGAGCACUCUUCUUGCUUUAGAUCCUGUUUAUCGUGGCUCUGCAUCUUCGGCUCUCAGAAACGAAUUCUUUUUCAGAAGCCCCUUAGCAUGUGAACUUUCCGAUCUACCUAUAAUCUACAAUGAGGAUGAAGAACUGAAAUUAGCCAAUGAGCAGAAAAAGUCUAGGAAUUCUAAAGUAAGACGGUCUCGAACACGUGAGCGCCGGAGACAAGAUGUAUCUGCUGAGAAAGUAAAAGAAACUUGUGCAUCUUCCAACCAGGGUUUGCAGGAGCAGGAGAAAACUGUUUAUUCAAAUUUUGAAAGUGAGCCAGGUAGCACUACCAGUAGCAACUCCUCCAGUGCAAACCAGGCAGGCCGGAAGGAAAGCCCGAUCUUCUCCCUCUCACCAGUUGAAGGCCUUUCGGGUGCUUCUAAGUACGUCAAGAACCUACCCCCAUUACCCAAAUCUAAAGCGCGUGCCACCAGCAAAGACAAUCAGAUUAACAGGUCUGCAUCCACUAGAGAGUUCAGAAGGUUCAAUCCAAGGGAGCUAGAAGAUUAUGCUCUUGAUGAUUAGGCCCCAUUGGAUGAGCAUGUAGAGCUGCUCCGUGUCUUUUUCUUGUAGUCCUUUUCCCUCUAUUGAGUAUUGACCAACAUGAAUAAUCAUGAAUUUUUGGUUUCGUGUAUAAUGCAAUGAUUUUUUGAUUA